UGAUCCAGUAAAUAUCCGGAGGAAAGUUUUUCAUUUUGGAACUAAACUAUAACAAUACAGCAGAUAACAUUUGUUUAUAGUCAGAUGGGUUAUGCAUAAGCUUAUACCAAAUCUAACCAGACAGUUGUAUAGCAAGCACUCGUCUUGUUUGUUCAGAUACAGAAACAUGGCGAGCCAGACCCCUUCCAAGUCUAUAGCACAAGAUUAUAGUUAUGCAGAACCAGAAAUUCAACAAUUUGUAAAGGAUUUUAGUAAACUGAUUCAAGAUGAAGCUCUCACACCACAAACAGAUCCAAACACCAAAGUAAUCAACUUUAGACAACCUUUAGACUUGCAAAAAUUUUUAGACGUAGAAAUUGAUGAAGAACCUGUGUCACGUGAGAAGUUAUUGGAAUUAGGAAGGAGAGUGAUAGAUGGUAGUGUUGUUUCAGGUCAUCCUCGUUUCUUUAACCAGUUGUACAGUGGAAUUGAUCCAUACAGUCUAUUUGGAGCAUGGCUAGCUGAGGUUCUCAAUUGUAAUGUACACACUUAUGAAGUUGCACCGGUAAUGGUAGUGUUAGAAAACUAUAUUUUUAAAAAGUUAUCAUCAAUUAUUGGGUUCCAAGAUGGCGAAGGUGUCUUUUGUCCAGGAGGUUCCUUCUGCAAUAUAAUGGCUAUACAUUUAGCUAAACUCAAAUACGAUCCAACACUUAAACAGAAAGGAGUAUUUGGUAUUCAACCAAUGGUCCUACUGACAUCUGAGGAUGCACACUACUCUAUAGCAAAAGGUGCGAACUUUCUCGGAUUCGGGACAGAUAGUAUAAUAAAAGUGAAAACUGACGAUAAAGGCAGAGUUAAACCAGAUGACUUAGAAAACAAAAUACAACAAUGUAAACAAAAUAAAACUACACCCGUCAUGUUUAUGGCGACCUGUGGAACUACAGUGCUUGGUGCUUAUGACGAUUUGGAGGGUGUAGCCGAUGUUUGUCAGCGUCAUAAUGUAUGGAUGCAUGUAGAUGCUGCUUGGGGAGGCGGUGUUAUGCUGUCAGAUAAAUUAAAACAUCUAACGAAAGGGGUCGAGAGAUCAGAUUCUGUAGCCUGGAAUAUUCACAAAAUGUCCGGGGCUGGCAUUCAGUGUUCUGCUUUAGUUGUGAAAGAAAAGGGUUUUCUAGAAAAAUGCAAUGCAUAUAGAGCAGAGUAUCUGUUUCAACCAGAUAAACUCUACGACACAGAAUAUGAUAUAGGGGACAGGACUGUCCAAUGUGGUCGUAAAAAUGAUGUCUUAAAAGUAUGGUUAAUGUGGAAGGGUCGUGGUGACAAAGCAAUGGCUGCCAGAGUUGAAAAGGCAUUUGAGAAUGCUAAAUAUUUGACAGAAAAAGUUAGAUCAACAGAAGGAUUUCGUUUAGUUUUGCCUGAGUAUCAGUGCACAAACAUUUCAUUUUGGUACAUUCCACCACGGCUACGUGGAAAAGAAGAAACACCAGAGUGGUGGCAAGAAGUGGCAAAGAUAGCACCAAAUAUAAAAGCUCGAAUGAUGCUUAAAGGAUCAAUGAUGAUUGGUUAUCAGCCGAUGUCCACAAAAGGAUUGGUCAAUUUCUUCAGAGUUAUUGUGGGAAAUCCUAUCUGUGAAAAAUCAGACAUGGAUUUUAUUGUAGAAGAAAUCGUGAGACUUGGAGACACUGUAUGAGGUUUUCAAUUUACAAGAAAUCUAUUCGUUCAAAAGUUAUAGGCAGAUACAGAUGUUAAUUCAGUGUUUUUCAAAAUGUAAACUUCUCUGUAUUAUUCAUAUUAUAAAACUAUAUUUGAAUGAAAUGGUUAUGAUAUGAAAUUUUAAUCCGAAUUUGGUCAAUUCGAUACAGCUGUCAGCUAUCCAAAAUAUUAGUUUAAUCUUCAGUAUUUUGCUUUUUUGAGAGAAAAAUUGCAAUAUAGUCAAACCAAAAAAAAUUAGCUUUUUUUUAUUAGGUCUCUAUGCUUGUUCCAAGAUAACUGGUAGUGUAUGUUCAUUUUCUACAGUAUAUAGCUGAUAGUUCGAGCUGUUGCUUCUUUCUAGGGCCAGAUGAAGUUGAGAUAUGAUAAUGUUGAAUUAUCGUAACAGCACAACUAUCAGGGUUAAAUUGUGUUAACUACAAUUGAAGGUUCCUCGUCAAGUCUGCUUGAAUUAUUCUGAGCCAGGCUUUGAGUCUACUGGAAGGUAAAGUAGACAAUGAUUGCAAAGUGUUAUUUUCAUUGAACUCAUGAAAACGUGCGUGUAAUACACUACU